AUGGCCGCAUCAGCAAUGAGCCUCGCGGACCUCGAAAAGGACCCCCGCCUCUUCCUCUACACCUCCCUCACGGCCGGAUCCUCACACAUCAUCACCGCGACCUCACGAAUGGAAACGAUCCUCAAAGCCAACAAAAUCCCCUUCCAAGCAAUCGACACGGCAACAGACGAGAAAGCCCGCCGACUAUGGCAGCGCAGAGCAGGACAGAGGAAACUGCCAGGACUAGUCAAGGAAGGAUUCGUGCUGGGGGAUCUCAACGAAGUAGAAGAAUGGAAUGAAUUCGGGGAGCUGAAAGAGAAUAUUGGACCCGUGCCGUCGGUGAGUGGGAAGGAUGCUAUUCCUGCUGGAGGGCAGGUGGGUGUGAAUAUCGCUCCGCCGCUUUCUGGGAAUUCUGCGAAGGCUGCUGCGGCGCCUAUCAAUAAGGCUCCACAGCCGGGGUUUGAUAGGUCGAAAGCUAUACCGCUUCCUGGUGCGGAAGAAAUGGCUGCGAGGAAUACGAAGGCAAAGGAAGCUACGACGACGACGACGACGACGGCGACUCCUCCACCUUCGACUCUGGAAGCUAUUAAUCCGGAAACUCUCACUUCUUCGCCCGAGGAUAAGAAGGAGAGUAUUGAGAAGGCGAAGGAGGUUGCGUCGUCAGAGCAGCAGCAGCAGCAGCAGCAGCAUCCUGCGGAGGAACACCUCUCUGCUCCGGCUUCGGGGAUACAAUCUGAGACUGCUUCGCCGAAGACUGCAGAGGAGGGAGAAGGGGAAGACACGGAAGAAAAGGAACGUAGGGAAGCCAAGGAGAAGCACCGCGGCAGUCACGUGAUUGAUGCUCCCCAGGAUGAGAUCAAGGAGAUCGAAAGCGCGAAUUCUCUGAAAGAGGAAGAAGGCGAAGAUGCCGUGUCCAGGGGUGUGGCGGAUCUCACAGUUGGAGAAGAUCAGAAGACGCAGGAGCAGAGUGCCAAGGAGCCUGAAGCAGCCAGUGCAAGUGUUCAGGAUUGA